GUAGGAGUAAGCGUUUUCGCGGAUCGACAAGCGACAGAUUGCAAACAUAAACACAAAUCGGCGUGUUAUUUCGCUUUCUUUCCUUAGCUCCAGAAAAAGGCCCGAAAAUGGUGAAACUUACACCAGAUCUAAUAAAUCAGUCCAUGCAGUACAUGAACCCGUGUCGCGAUCGAGAGCUAGACUUACGGGGGUACAAAAUACCACAGAUUGAGAAUAUGGGUGCGACGCUGGAUCAGUACGAUACGAUCGACUUUUCCGACAACGACAUCCGCAAGUUGGACGGUUUUCCGCGCCUGGCCAGAUUGAAGUGUCUUCUUCUGAACAACAACCGGAUUGUGAGAAUUGGUGAAAACCUUCACGAAUCCCUUCCCAACCUUCAGAGUAUCAUUCUGACCGGCAACAACAUUCAGGAGCUCGGUGACCUGGAACCUCUGACGAAGCUGCCGAACCUCGAGACGCUCAGCUUGCUGACGAAUCCCGUAUCCACCAAGCAACACUACCGUGAGUAUGUUGCGUUUCGUUUCCCCAACCUACGGCUGCUAGAUUUCCGCAAGAUCCGGCAAAAGGAGCGCGAAGCAGCGAACCUACUGUUCAAGUCGAAGAAGGGCAAAGAAAUGCACAAAGAAAUCGUCCGGAAAGCGAAACAAGCUUUGCCGGCCGGUGCACUCGGUGAAUCAUCGCCGGAGAAGCAGGCCGUCCAGAAUGCGAGCCCGGCCGACAUUCAGAAGAUUAAGGAAGCCAUCAAGCGAGCGACGAAUCUGCACGAAGUCGAACGGCUUAAUCGCAUGCUACAGUCUGGUCAAAUUACUGGCGACAUACUGAACGGUAACGAAUCGCAUUCCAUUAAUUAUUAAUCUUUUGCAGAAAGCGAUCGCGAAUGGGGUGAUAGAGGGAUCUUCUGAAGCCGAAUGCGCACAAUUGCAGUAUAAUAAUGAGUCAAUAUUUUAUUCUA